AUGAGUACACACAACACUAAACUUGGUUUCAGCAGAUCAUUAAAGGAAGUGUCACCACCUUAAAAAGAGAACCUCUCCAUUCAAUAAGUUCUGGAGAUGUUUCAUUCCCCUUAUACUGAACAACUAACUGAUCGAAAGAGUGAAGCAAUUGUAAGAUUCUGUAGACAAAGAUCAGGAGGGUUCUUAUUGGAAGAGAUUCAAGAAUUAAUUGAGAUAUUGAGAUUAUCUAUUGCUGAAAACAACGCAUUAAUGUAACCAGCCAUAUAAAAAAUUUGCGAAACUGCCUCUGUCCCAUUCAUCAAAUUAAGAACAUCUGAUUAAUUGAAAUUUGUUCCAAAAUUAAGUGAAUUCCUAGAUACUUUGAAACCUGUACUCUUUAGUCCACAAUAGGAAUCAGGUAGUCAAUAGCCUGAAUUGCGAAUGCCAGUUAUUAAAUUUUUAAAAUGUUUUGCAGAAGAAGGAAUUAGUGAAAUAAUGAAGGAAGAAGCCUCGUUUGAAUAAUAAAAGAAAUAAACUGAAUUGUCACCUUUGCAACAUCUCUUGAAGAAUGGAACAAGAAACUUAAGAGCAUUGAACCAAUCCAAUUUGAUUGAAAACAUCAUCUUUACCAUGUAACAUUACUCAAAACAGUAUGAAUAUUUGUUACCCUUGCUUGAAUUGAUUUCUAGUUGCAUUCUCUAUAGAGAUUUAGCUGCUAAAUUUUCAAAUUUUGGUAUUCUCAAGGAUAUUGUGUAUGUGAUAUUUGAAUGCGAGGAUUUUAGAUCAUAUAUUGUGAAAUCCUGCUUUGAGAUUAUUUGGAAUACGAAUUGA